AUCGUAAUCGUUUUUUGUUUAAUAGAUAUUUUUUGUUGUGGUGUUUUCUCCUCUAUCAGGGAUAGUGAUAUUGUUUAAAAUUUUUAAGUUUAUUAAUAAUUUUUGAUGAAAAGUGCUAGACAAUUUUUAUAAGACGGUGUUGUUCUCUAUUAAAAAUUGAAAUUUUCAGAAUUACUUCUACUGCUUUGUUUUCUACUUGUUUAAAAUGACUCUAGCAAGUGAAGCUGCUCCACCAGAAGAUAAGCGAGGUGAUGACAGAUGGCUUUCUAUUCACAAACAUUUUCUAAUAUCUGCAAGGGAGCAAGAGCCAGAAGUUUUGUUUUUAGGAGAUUAUGUUGUAAGCAUGGCUGCUCAUACUGAAAUGUGGGAAAAAUUGUUUGCUCCUCUUCAUUGUCUUAAUUUAGGCAUUGCUGAAGAUGAAACUCAAAAUGUCUUGUGGAGGAUUCAAAAUGGAGAAAUUGACUCUACUGAUCCAAAGAUAAUUGUUUUGGGUGUUGGUGCAAACAAUAUCAAUCAUUCCGCUGAAGAAAUCGUAUCUGGAAUUUUGAGCUGUGCUAAUGCUAUAAUUGAGAAAAAACCUAAUGCAACUCUUAUUCUUUUGAAACUCCUACCAUGUGGUCGCAAACCAAACCCUCUUCGUAGCAAAAUUAAUGAAGUCAAUGAAAAGUUGAAAUCUGCAACCCAUGGACUUCCUAACACUCAAGUCAUAGAUAUUGAUCCUGGUUUUGUGCAGCCAGACGGCCUGGUAUCUCACCACGAUUUGUAUGAUUAUUUACAUCUCACGCGGUCUGCGUAUAGUAAAUCUUUUGAAAUAUUAUACGAUUUGUUACAACAAAUUUUGACUGAUUCUGUAAAUUCUCAAGAUGCUGAAUAAUCUACCCCUGACUCAGAAAUAUGUGUCCCUCCCCCUCUUUUUUUUUUUUUUCAUUUGCUUUUGUGAUAUUGUUCCUAUAUCAUUUAUAGUAAUUAUGUGUUUAUAAAAUGUCAACAAUCUGUGAGUUGUAGGAAGGGAAUCAUUUUGUUUAAAAGAUUAAUUUGUCAUAAUCAAGUGAUUUGUUGUGAUUAAUGCUUAAACCAAUUUAAAAUAGAAUAAGUUGUAAGAAUUUUUGAUUGCCAGUGGAAGAUCACAUAGUAAUUAUGGAAGUAAAACCACAUAUUCAAGCCUAUAAAAUUUAUAACUGUUUACCUUUUUUUUAAUAGUUAUUUUUAUUUAAACAUAAUAACUUUUAAAAAAAAAUUUGAGAGGGAGAAUGGUUUUUUUGGGGAAAGUAGUAUUACAGCCUAUAAAAUUGUAAAUAUCGUUAUUAUUUUCUCAAUUGGUGUUAAUUUUAAAAUGCUUAUUAUUUGUGUGGAUCAAAAUUGGGUUACUUCCUAUUGUAAUUAGUGUUUAAAUCUAUUGAAAAUUAAAUAAAUUAUAAAAUUUUUUGAAUGUCAGCUGAAGUUAAUUACGUAAUUAUCAAGUCAAACGUAUGUUAGUUAAUUUGAAAGUGAAAUCUCAUAUUUAAGCUUUAAAAAAGUACAAUUUCUUUUUUUUGUUCUUUUUUUAUGUAAAAAAAAUUUGUUUUUUUUUUCUUCCUGAGCUGAAAGUUGUAUUCCAGUUGUAUACACUUAAAAUUGCAAUUAGUUAAUAUUUCUUUAAAGGAUAUAUAUUUUUUAACAAGGUAAUUUUUGGGUUAGAUUUUGGGCUUCUUAUCUUUCUUCACAUCUAAGUAUAGCUCAUAAUAAAUUCUACUUAAAAAGGUAAAGUGAUUAUUCACACCUUCAAAAUUAUGUUGAUCUAAUAAUUUGGUAGUUUAUUUCAAUUUGAAAAUACAUAAAUUCAGAAAAAUAUAUAAAAAUUAUGUUUAAAACUUGCUGAAUUUUAAUAAAUAAAAAAAAAUUUGAGAUAAGUUUUGAUUUGAGACAGCCUUACUACUGAAUACUGACUGCAUUGUUCAUCAUUAAAUGAGUAAUCUACUUGAAUAGACAUGUUUGGAAACUGUGAGAUGUAUUCCUUAUAAGUUUCUGACAAAUUUCCUGUUCCUGGUUAAAUUUUUUUAAUUGAUAAUGGAAUAAAAAAAGCUGUCAUGUUUUUAUAUUCUAAAAAUCUGUGAUUAUAGUGCUAAAUCCAAAAACCUGAAACCAUUUGUACAGAUAGUUUUAAUCACUUAUUUACACUUACGACAUUUGAAAAAUAUUUUUUCGCCGACUUUGUUUUUAUAAAAAAAGUUUCAUUUUUUAUUUAAUUCAGCUAAUUUAAAGAGGGAACAUUUGUUUAAAAUAGCUUUGUUUACAAUUCAUACUGUUUUUUAGUAAAAAAAUUUGGUUUUUAAGUUUAAAUUAUAAAAACACCUACUGUAUGUGAAAAAAAAAAUUCCAAAAUGUUUAUAUUGUGAUUAAAUAAAAGAGUCUGUUAUUUGCUCUUUGGUAUAACUCUUGAUGUAUGAUAUGAAAUAAAUUAUAUCUUGUAAGAGUUGCUUCAAUGUUUAUAGGUAUCUUAUAUUUUUUUAUUUAUCAAUAUUAUCAAAUCUUGUUUUCCAUUUUAUAAUUGUUAUGUGUUGUUAUUUAUAUUCUUAAUUUUUUUUCCCUUGUAUAUAUUUGCUGCCAUUUUUGAAUGUAUUAAAAAUGAGUUUCUUGAGGUUUAUGAAUUGCUUUGAGUAUGUGAUUGUUUUAAGAUGUUUAAAUUUAAAAAUGGAUUUUAAUUUAAAAAAUGCUUGUUUGAAUUUUUGAACAUUGACCUAUUUUGUAAAAGAUAAACUUUUCCUUUGCUUUGUAUAAUAUAAAUGAUUGCUUAUUUUUUUUUUCACUCAUUUUGUGAACAUUCAUACAUUGUUCUCAUUUCAUAGAUUCAUUUGAUGUAAUCACAAUCUAAUAAUUUUUUUCUUUUGAGAAUGUCUUAAAUUUGAUUUUAAAACAAAAGAAAUAUCCUGUUUAGAAAAAGCCAAUGUCUGAAAAAAAGCAUGCAGUUUUGGAAGCAUAAUUAUGUAUGCAGAUUGUCAAAAGGUUACAGUUUACGCAUUGUUUUCUUGUUACAUAAUAAAUAAAAUAAUUUUCUAAACCCUGUAAGAUCUGAAAUGAGGAGAAAUAAUUUUUAUAAAAUAUUUACCUUUGCAUUUCUUCUCUAUUUUAUAAUAUUGGGAAGACACUAGAUCACAUUUACAAAAAAACUGGAAUGAACACUUAAAAGAGUAAAAUUUUCCCAUAUUAUUGAUAUUGUGGGUUUACCAAUGUUAAGAUAGCCUUUUAAUUAAAUUGUCUAAUGCCCUUUCUUUUAGCUGUAGUAAUUUAUAUUCAAGGUUAUAAUACUCUUCUAAAAUGUAUUAUUUCAACUCUAAAUCAUUUUUUUAGCUUUUAAAAAAUCUGAUGUAUGCUGUUUUUUAAAGCUACAAGUUGUAUUUCUUUAACCUUUUCAAUUAUCUUUUUUUUUCAUUAAAUAUAUAUUUCAUUAUUUUGAAAUAUAAUAGAGUAUUUUAAUUUGAACAAGUUACAUUAAAAAAGAAGAAACAAAUUCAAUCAUUCUUUCAAACCUAACCAUUAAGUUUUUUUUAUUGAAGAAGAAUUUACAAAAAAAUUGCCUCCGGAGCAAAACUGUAUAACAUUUUUUCAAUAAAUAACAGGAAUAAAGCAGGUUAUGUUGCAAAAAAAAAAAGCAACAAGCUUUAUGUUCAGUUUGUAAAGGAAAAAAGAAAGAAAGAAAUCAGAAGUAACUCAUAUUUUUAUUAAAUAGAGAACAUUUCAAGAUGGCUAUCCCAAAAAUGACAAAUGUAAAGAGAUAGAAAUGCAUAAUUUGCUACGAUUUAUUCUCACCAAGUUUCAAAAUCAGUUACAAAGUUCAUUAACCGAGGGCACUGUCAACUAAACUAUUGAAAAAUCUUUUUAAAAUUAACUCCAAAGCUAUAAGAAUGGGACUCAGUUUGAAAAUUAAUAUUAAGAGGCUCAUGCAAAUAUUUCAAUUGGAAUGUUUUAACGCUCAGCAAGUAACAUAGUAUAAUGGUUUUAUCUGUCAGAAGUUUUAUAUGUUGAUGAACUUUGUAACUAAUUUUUAAAUUUUAUGAGAAUAAAUUCCUAAUUUCCCAAGCAAAUUGUACAUUUCUAGCUCCCCAAAUUUUUCAUUCGGCUUUUUUUGGGGUAAGAUUUUAUUUUGUGGGGUCCUAAAAAGUUGCUAAAUUAUUGACAUCAACAAUGCUUAUUUAUCAUGGUAAUAUAUUUUUUUUAUGUCCCUCCCUGAAAUGGAAUAUUCCUUGUUUUUGUGAAACCAAGAAAUAUCAUUCAAUUAAUAUUUAUUUGUUCUUUACAUUGAUAAAAUUAAUAUGAAGAGUUUUAAUUUUUUGGCCUGCACAAACAAUUUUUUUAAUUUUCUGUUCUGAUUAAGCAAAAGUGUUUCUAUGGGCUGAAGCUUUAAAUUGUAAGCACAGAUCUGGAAUGUAUGCACAAAUGUAGUUCUUGAAUAUGCUUCAAACAGUUUGAAUGAAAAACUAAUAUUCUGCUGCUGGUGCCUUCUUUAGUGGUUAAAAAAGUACCAAUGAUCUCUGUGAAUGCAAUAUUUGUUGUACAGUAGGUGUGCAUGAAGCCUGUUUAUGAGAAUAUGUUAUCACUUAAGUUUUUGAAGUGUUGUCUAUAGCUGUAUUUUUAUAUCAUUGUGCUAGCAUCUGUUUCAGAAAUAAAAAUCAUCUUUUUGACUUGCUUAA